AUGCCUGGGCCAGGUAAGAGCAAGUCGAAGGCGAAGACCAAGACGACACGGACCAAAUCGCCGGCACAGACAUAUGCACGAGAAGCGUUUGUAGAUGACAUUGAUCAGUCGGAGGGGUGGGAUACGACCGUCCACAUCCUCUGUGAACAUUUUCAACUCCCAGAUCUUACCACGAGAAAUGGGCUGAAAAAAGUUCACGCAAAUUUCGAUGAAGUAUAUCGCCGGCUAGACGAAGCCUACAAGAAUAACCAGGGAAACGAGAGAGUAUUAGGGGGGAUCAUCGGGAUUUGGGCCAAAAUGUGCGCAGACUCUAUUCUGCGAGACAAACUCUUCCGGGCAGGAUUCUUGACCAAGCUCAUUCCCUUAUUGUACGUGCCCGCAUGCCGGCACUUAGCAUUGAGAGCUCUGUCUACGGUCACGCACCAUGGCGGCGUGGAGUCUCGCAUCGAAAUCGCAAAGAAGACGCCCGCUCUCCUGGAGGUGAUCCACGAAAACCCAGACGAUGCUAAAGUUGCAGAGCUAUGUCUGGUAGUUAUGUGCCAUUCGAUCGCUGCAGUAGUCGCUGUAGAGCAAAAGCCCGAUCCCAAGAUCCUCAAGACGAUAGAUAUCCCGCAGGUGCUCCGAACUACGGUAGGCGAGCUACGGAACCCCAGGGCUUCCUACUAUCUCAUCUCGCACGCGGCUGGUCUUCUAUCCGGCGCAACAAUGCACAGUUGGAAAGACUACAAGGCUUUCCAACCGGCGCUCACUUUCCUCGUCGCGGUGCUACGAGUCAAGGACAUUAACAUCCGUUGCGAAGGCCUGUGCGGGGUUAUCCGCUACCACAACGACAUCGCCGAGCCAGACCAGAGGCACAGCGACCCCCAGAAGAUGCUGGCGGCGCUGCGCCGUGGCUUCCCUCCGCACCUCAACGACGUCCUGAUGGCGUACGGGCCGACGCGGUGUGACGUCUACCUCACGCUGCAGUGCAUGAACGAGCACACCAAAGCGAUGAUGCAGAACGCGCAGGACCGCGACUUCUACAAGCUGGGCAGGGUCGUGGCGCGCCUGAUCACGACGACGGAGUUCUCGAUGACGGAGGGGAUGUUCCAGAGCGACGAGGAGACGGGGAAGCGCGUGAACAUCGACCUCGGGUUGCCGUACACGAUGUGGUCGGACGCGCUCCCGCACUGCGCGCAGGCGCUUCGGUCCAAGGGCGAUCUGGAUCAAGCAGACAUUGUCGAGCUAAAGUACAUGAUCAUGAAGGGCCGCAUACCGCAAGCCGUCGAGCUCAGCAAGCAGGCGAUCAAACGCAACCCCGAGGUUGCGUACUUUUACUACGCGAUCACGAUGACGGCGGAUAUGGAGCUGGGCUUGCGCUAUGCGAAGAAGGGUUUGAAGGCGAGGCAGAUCACGCCGUUCGUACGGUUCGGCUUGCUCCAUCGUGCCGUGGACCAUGCUGGUACGCUGGCAAUCAGGAUCCUGACUAGUCCUGAUGGAUACCACGGCGAACGCAAGUGGGAAGAGGGCGUGGCUUUCUUGACGAGUGCCCUGGAAGACGCAAAGACGUUCAUCGAGAACGCCCCGCCGGAUUCGCGGCAUAUGAAGAACAUGCUGAACUGGUACAUUAUUUUGACCUUGACCAUCAAGGGUCCCGAUAUGUCUCCUGAGAUGAAAGAGUUGGACGACGCAUUGAAGAAAUUGCAGGUCGCCGAGGAGUGCAGCGCAUUCUGCGGCCACCCAAUACCCAACACUGAGCUGCGCCUGACCCGGCGCGCGCUCAUCUCGCUCUACCCGUCCGCGGUGCAAGAAUGGGGCGACGUGGUCCGCCGCUUCGACGAGCAGGUUGCGGCGCACGAGGACGUCGAAGAACUCCUCAACAAGUCGAAGGAGGAGCAGGAGGACGACCUUGCGGCGUGGCUGGACGACUUGCACCUUGACAACGGCGAGCGCGACCACCCGCACAAGUGCUCGCACCCGAAGGUGAACGUGAAUAGUGUGAGCCUAUACCGGUGUUCGUGGUGCGGGAACCCAAGCGCUGUGCUGCGCAAGUGUGGGGGGUGUAAUAAGGCAAGGUAUUGCGAUGCUGGUUGUCAAAAGUCGCAUUGGUCGACCCACAAGAGUGUUUGCAAGUCAGCUUGAACUUGAUGCAUGAUGUCCCGCGGCCUCCCUCCGUGUUUCCGCAGUCGCCUGUAUUUUUAGUCUGUAUCCUGCUAUCAAUAUUCCCGAUGUAUCAUACCAUAUGCUGUGAAGCUAACCCAAUAAAUGAAUUGUGCUCUC